CCAUUACUCUUACCAAACAACCCCUAAAAAUGUCCAUUUGUUUCUCUUCAUAUAAAACUAGAACCAGACCAUCUAGUUUGUUUCACACAGUACUAAAUAUAUAUAUAUGUAUGUUUGAUUUGAUUCCAAGUACAAAGUGGAGAACAAGAAGAUGGUGUUAUCAUCACAACAAAUGGAUCCAAAGAUAUGGAGCAAAUUACCAGAAGAUGUUUUAGAAUAUUUGCUAUCAUUUCUCCCUUUAAAAACUUUCUUGAAACUCAAAUCAACUUGUAAGCAUUUCAAGACUCUUCUAUUUUCACCUCCUUUCAUAUCCAAACACUCUUCCCCUUCACCAAAUUCACCAGAUUCAUCACCUUUUUCUUCAUUUUUCUUACUCUCACACCCACAGUUUCCAAGGCAGUAUCCACUUUUUGAUACUGUACACAACAAUUGGAGGAACUUAUCUCUUUGUGUUUCACCUGUUUUGCCAUCUAGUUCUUCUGUUCUUUUGUCUUCUUCUAAUGGUUUGUUGUGUUUUAGUAAGUCAAGUUCUAGUUCUUUUGUUGUUACUAAUGUUUUAGCAAGGACUUCAAGGGUUGUUAAGUUUCCAACUUUGCCCUUUUCUUUUGAGUCACUUACUUUGGUUUGUGGAUCUAAUAAUGGGUAUAAGUUGUUUGUGAUGUCUACUUUUGGAUCUUCAAGAAGUCAAGUUUUUGUGUAUUGUUCUUUGGUGAAUUCUUGGAGUGAGUUUGGUGGAUUUGAUUUGGUUUUGAAUGAGAAUCAUCAUCAAGAAGGUGUUUUUUAUGAUGGGUGUUUGUGGUUUAUUACUCCUGAGCCUUAUUUUGUGAUUGGUAUGAAUCUUGAUAAUGGGGAGUGGAAAAGAUCCAAUUUUGAGCUGCCUAGUGAGCUUACUUUUGCAAGAUUGGUGAGUGAUGGUGAUAAAAAGUUGUAUUUGAUUAGUGGAAAUGGGAGUAAUGGGAUUUCAAGAAGCAUGAAGUUGUGGGAAUUGGAUGGGAAUUCCAAGAUUUGGGUGGAAGUUGAGAAUGUGCCAGAGUUGAUAUGUAGGAAGUUUUUAUCAGUUUGUUAUCACAACUAUGAACAUGUUUAUUGCUUUUGGCAUAAAGGGUUGAUUUGUGUGUGUUGUUAUUCUUGGCCUGAGAUAUUGUAUUAUAAGGUUGCUAGAAGGACCUGGCAUUGGCUUCCUAAAUGCCCUUCGUUGCCUGAUAAAUGGAGCUGUGGAUUCAGAUGGUUCUCGUUUGUUCCUGAGCUAUAUGCCUUUGUGUAAUAGUAAGAUCAGUUGGAUCGAAAAGGCGAAAUCACGUGCUUCUGAGGAGGUGUUCCUUGACUCACUUUAUGUUAUUUUCUUUUCGUUUUCGUAUGUGUGUAUAUAGGAGUAGCAUUUGUGUUUGAUUUGCUAUAUUUAGUAGUGAUAUACUCUAUUAGCAUAUGAAAAUAAACCUUGUAGAAGCAUUGUUUGUUUGAAAGAAUUUGGUUGGUGUUUGUUGAA